AUGGCCACCGUUCAGCAGACUCUCGGCACGCCCUUGGCCACGACAGAUUCCCCCCUGAUGGGCGCUGCCAAUGCCACCAUCCGUGAGAGUGGCAUCAUCGCUGCUGCGGUCGCCGAGUUCCAGCAGUCUCCCAUUCGAUAUGCCGUCUCGACCCUUCUUGUCACCGUCCUCAUCCAUCUCUACAGACGGUCGAUUCCAGCGCUUGACGUAAAAGAGCCACCGCUGAUGCUUCCCGGGAUCACGUUUGUUGGCCACCUCAUUGGCCUCAUCAAGAACCAGGCAGGAUAUCACACAGAUUUACACAACAAGACUGGAGCUGCCAUUGCUAUCCUGCCCAUGCUCGGCGGCAAGACAUGUGCCAUCUGGGAUCCUGCCCUUGUCCAGUCUGCUCUCCGCCAGAAGACUCUCGGCUUCGAGCCAUUCGCCGUAGACUUCUUGCAAACCAUGCUUGGGAUGAAGGAAGAGUCCUACAAGGCCUUCCGAGAGAUUCCCGAGCUCGUGGUUGAAUUCUUCGACGCCCUCCAUGUGACUGUUCGUGGCGAGCCGCUGCACCGCAUGAAUGCCAACGCCCUCAACUACAUUUCGUCCCGACUAGAUGCGAUCAAGGGAAGCAGCAAGAUGCCCGUCGACAAUUUCUACCUCUGGCUGCGCGAGCUGAUGACCUCAGCGACAACCACCGCCCUCAUGGGCCGCCAUUCCACCAUGCUCAUCAACGCCGCGGGCUUACAGGCCCGUGAGAAGCUCCAGAAGGAGCUCGGCAGAUAUGACGCCACCCGCGGCGACGAGGACGAGACCACGGCGGCCGUGACCUGCGAGCGCGCCGCGGUUCUCCGAAAAUACGGCCUCCCCGACAGUGAGAUCGGCAGGUUCGAAGCCAGUCUGCUCCAGCUAGCCACGGGCAACACCAUCCCCACCACCUUCUGGAUGGUCGCCAACGUCUUCACGCGGCCCGACGUCGUCGAGCGCCUCCGGCACGAGCUGGGACCCCCCGUGCAGCGCAAGCAGGGAAGCAGCGUUGCCGCCAUCGACAUCACCGGGCUCGACGACGCGUGCACCCUGCUCGUCAGCUGCUACCGCGAGUCGAUCCGCCUGUCCAACCACGCCCUGUGUGUCUGGCGCGUCAUGGAGGAGACAAUCGUCUCCGACGGGCGAGGCCAGUCCUACGUCCUCAAGAAGGGCGCCGACGUCCAGAUCCCGGCCGGAUACACCCACCGCGCCGACGCCGCCGAGUACGCCGCCGACCGCUUCGUCAAGCGCCAGUCCAAGCUGUCCGCCCAGGCCGAGAGGGCCAAGAGGGCGGCGUACGUUCCCUUUGGCGGCGGCAAGCACCUCUGUACCGGGCGCAACUUUGCCUUUGCCGAGAUUCUGGGGACCGCCGCCGCCCUCGUCCUGGCGUUUGACGUGUCGGCUGACGGGGGCGCGGUGCUCUCGUGCGGCUGGCCAGGAUGGCAAAUACUACCGUUCUGGGCGGUGCGUCAAAGCCGGAGAGGCAGGGCGAGGGCAUGA